AUGGAGCCUCUAGAACUCCACGUUUGGGGCCCGGCUUUCGGUCUCCCCUCCGUCGACGCCGAGUGCCUCGCCGCCAUCGCAUACCUUCACACCGCUCUCCCAAGCUCCGAAUGGCGUCUUGUCCCGAGCAACGACCCUGCCGUCGACACAUCAAACCGCCUGCCGGCCCUCCACGCAAACGGCGUCUGGGUGACGGGCUACGCCUCCAUCGUAUCCCACCUGCGCACCACUCACUCCCUCAACCUCGACUCCCGCCUGACGCCGUCCGAGCGCGCUGACGCCCUCGCCCUCGCUGCGCACGUCGACGCACACCUCGCGCCCCUGCUCGACGCCUACCUCUACGCCGACCACGACAACUGGGCCGCCGUCACGCGCCCCGCCCUCAGCCAGAUCCUCGGGUUCCCCCUGAGCUGGACCGUCCCGGUCUUGCUUCGUCAAGGGGCCGAGGCUCGUAGCGCUCACCUCGGGUUCGGCAGCCUCGGGGAGGACGACGAUGACGCUGACGAAGACGGCGGUAUCAAGGCCGGCUCAUCGGGGCAGGGCACGCUGGACCGCGCAAUGAAGCACCUCCCCGUGAGCGGACAGAAGAGCGUCAUGGAGGAGAUGAGGGCGCGCACGGCGAGGGGGAUCAGGCUGCACGCCGUCACCGUCGACGCGCUCGCCCCGCUGGAGGAGCAGCGGGCAAAGGGGGAGCGCACCAAAGGCGAGAAGAUGCGCUUCUUCGGCGGCGACGCCCCGACAUCUCUCGACUGCCUCGUCUUCGGGCACCUCGUGCUCGUGCAAGCCGUCGCCGCCCCCGAGGCCUGGCUCCUCUCCAUCUUCGCAAAGAAGUUCCCCCACAUGAACGAGAUGGUCCGCUGCCUGCGCGAGGAAUGCCUCGCCCGCCCCGGCGCCCUCCCAUGGGCUUCCGCCCCGCCCUCGGCCCUCCGCACCGCCGCGCGGCUGCUUGACACCGUCGUCCAGCACACGCCGAACCUGGGCGAGUUCUACCUCGGCGAUUGGCGCCGCCGCGCGGAGACGAAGGCCGCGGGCGUCGCGGACCGGAGGACGGUUGCGCUUGCGGGCGGCGUGCUGGUCGCGGGGACGGCGAUCGCGUACGGGGUGUGGACGUACCGCAGUCUGCCGCCGUGGGGCGCGCGGACGAUGGUGUGGGAUGCGGAGAAGGGCGGCCUGCGGCGGUUUGGGGAGCUGGGCGCUAUGUUGGAUUUCUCGUUUGGACUUGCGGAUGCGCCGAGGGCGAGUCCGGCUACGGGAUGGGGAGGCGGGGAUGAGCACAGGGUGGUUGAGCAGGAGCUGAGUGUCGAUUAA